AUGGGUGCCGACCAGUCCAAGCAGUCUGAAGCCGCAGUCAACGACGAGCUCCUCGAACGUCUGCACGCGCUCAACAUGAACCAUGAUAAGUAUGCUCAGUACUUGAAGGAGAAGGAGGAGUAUGUUGUGGUCCAAGGCGAUGGAGAGGCCCCUCCCCAGUACACACCCGUCGUCAAGUACCAGCAAAAUGUCUCCAUCAAGUCCGUUCAAGAGUGGGAGAAGGAGCUCAUGGCUGACCCAAAGAACCGCCUCGCUCUGGCAGCCCUCAGCUCAAACUCCGCCAAUGCCGUCCUCUCCUCUCGCGCAGCCACCAUCGAAGAUACACACAAGUUCAACAUCAAGAUACCCUUCGAGGGCUCUCCCAUCACUAACCAAGCCUCUUCCGGACGAUGCUGGCUGUUUGCAUCCACCAAUGUCUUCCGCAUCGCCAUCAUGAAGCGGUACAAGCUCUCCGAGUUCCAACUGUCACAAGCCUACCUCUUCUACUGGGACAAGAUUGAAAAGGCAAACUACUUCCUCGAGAGCAUACUCGAGACCAAGAACGAGGAUAUCGACAGUCGCAUAGUGCAGGCCCUCAUGUCCAGCCCUGUCGGCGAUGGCGGUCAAUGGGACAUGGUUGCAAACCUUGUACAAAAGUACGGUCUCGUGCCCCAGUCAAUCUACCCAGACUCGUUCAAUGCCUCCAACUCUUCCAUCAUGGACCGCCUCAUCACCACAAAGCUGCGCGAGGAUGCAAUCCGGCUGCGUACCAUUGCCUCGAGCAACUGGUCUCCCGAAGCCGUCAAAGCAACCCUGGCUAGCGAAAAGGAAAAGAUGCUCCGUGAGAUUCAUCUCAUCCUGACGCUGAUGCUCGGUCCCCCACCAUCUGCCACCAAGCCUUUCACGUGGGAGUACUAUGACAAGGAUGGCAAACUCAACACCGUCGUUAGCCGACCAGUUGAGUUUGCCAAGGAACUUUCCGAUCACAGGGUAGUCCGCGCAUUGUCUGGAACUGAUGUGCACACCCUCUUUUCUUUGGUCAACGACCCCCGAAACCCCUACAACCGCCUGCUCAGUGUCAAGCGCCUGGGUAAUGUCUGGAACGGCCGACCAGUAACCUACGUCAACGUCGACAUGAAGACGAUCAAAGAAGCUUGCAUUGCCAUGCUGAAACGCGGCAUGCCUGUUUUCUUUGGCUCCGACGUAGGCAAAUACUCGGAUUCGACCAAGGGUAUCAUGGAUACCCAGCUAUUCGACUACGAGCUCGGCUUCAAUGUCAGGCUCGGUAUGACAAAAGCCGAGCGUCUACAGACUGGAGAAAGUCAAAUGACGCACGCCAUGGUGCUGACUGCUGUGCAUGUGGUUGACGGCAAGCCAGUGCGCUGGAGGGUAGAAAAUUCGUGGAGUGACCGUGUGGGCGACAAGGGGUACUUUGUUAUGAGCGAUUCUUGGAUGGACGAAUUUGUAUACCAGGCCGUUGUAGAUCCGAGUGUGGUUAGCUCGUCGAUCAGGAAGGUAUUGGAGCAGCAGCCAAAGAUGCUAGAGCUCUGGGACCCCAUGGGUGCACUGGCUUGA